UGUGCCGGGCGCCCCGGGUCCCGGAGCCGGCGGCCUGAGGGAUGGACGAGACGAGCCCACUGGUGUCCCCCGAGCGGGCCCAACCCCCGGAGUACACUUUCCCGUCGGGCUCCGGCGCUCACUUUCCGCAGGUGCCGGGGGGCGCGGUGCGAGUGGCGGCGGCGGCCGGCUCGGGCCCUUCUCCGCCAGGCUCGCCGGGCCACGACCGGGAGCGGCAGCCCCUGCUGGACCGGGCCCGGGGCGCGGCGGCCCAAGGCCAGACCCAGACCGUGGCGGCGCAGGCCCAAGCCCUGGCGGCGCAGGCCGCGGCGGCGGCGCACGCCGCACAGGCCCACCGCGAGCGGAACGAGUUCCCGGAGGACCCUGAGUUCGAGUUUGUGGUGCGUCAGGCCGAGUUGGCCAUCGAGCGUGGCAUCUUUCCCGAGCGCAUCUACCAGGGCUCGAGCGGAAGCUACUUCGUCAAGGACCCUCAGGGGAAGAUCAUUGCUGUAUUCAAACCCAAGAAUGAAGAGCCAUACGGGCAGCUUAAUCCCAAGUGGACCAAGUGGCUGCAGAAGUUGUGCUGUCCCUGCUGCUUUGGACGUGACUGCCUUGUCCUCAACCAGGGCUAUCUCUCAGAGGCAGGGGCCAGCCUGGUGGACCAAAAACUGGAGCUCAACAUUGUACCCCGUACAAAGGGGUCCCAGAUCCAGGCAGAUGCCGGCAUAGGAUGGAUUUGCACAUACCUUGUUUGUGCUAUAGACUUCACUGAGGUUCUGAUGAAAGCUCUGGACCCAUCUCUACUCCCCCACCACCAGAUAUGCUUCAAUACAGAAUCAACUGAUACACUUCAGAGGAGUUUUAUGGAUACCAGGGUGGUACACCUGGCCAGCGAGACCUUCAACUAUAGUGCCAUUGACAGGGUGAAGUCCAGGGGCAAGCGGCUUGCGCUAGAGAAAGUGCCAAAAGUGGGGCAGCGGUUUAACCGUAUCGGGCUACCACCUAAGGUCGGUUCAUUCCAGAUCUUUGUUGAAGGCUACAAAGAUGCAGACUACUGGCUGCGGCGCUUUGAAGCAGAGCCUCUCCCGGAGAACACCAACCGGCAACUCCUGCUGCAGUUUGAGCGGUUGGUGGUGCUGGACUAUAUCAUCCGCAACACUGAUCGAGGCAACGACAAUUGGCUGAUUAAAUAUGACUGUCCUAUGGAUAGUUCUAGCUCUCGGGACACAGACUGGGUGGUGGUGAAGGAGCCUGUUAUCAAGGUGGCGGCCAUCGACAAUGGGCUGGCCUUCCCGCUGAAGCAUCCCGACUCCUGGAGGGCAUAUCCUUUUUACUGGGCCUGGUUGCCCCAGGCAAAAGUCCCCUUCUCUCAGGAGAUCAAAGAUCUGAUUCUUCCAAAGAUAUCGGACCCUAACUUCGUCAAGGACUUGGAGGAAGACCUAUACGAACUCUUCAAGAGAGAUCCUGGUUUUGACAGGGGCCAGUUCCAUAAGCAGAUUGCUGUCAUGCGGGGACAGAUCCUAAACCUGAGCCAGGCCCUGAAAGACAACAAGAGCCCCCUGCACCUCGUCCAGAUGCCGCCCGUGAUCGUGGAGACAGCCCGUUCUCACCAGCGGUCUGCCAGCGAGUCCUACACACAGAGCUUUCAGAGUCGGAAGCCCUUCUUUUCAUGGUGGUAGCGCUAGAGGCAGGCAAAGGAAUUGCUGUCUGAGACUCGGGCUGGAAGGAGGCCUGGGGAGCCAGGUGCAGGAAAAGCCAGAGGAGCUGGUGGAGAGCAGCGCCCUGAAGAGCCCUCCCUCUCUGCUCGCCACCCCCAGGGCUUUCCCACGCACAGGGAGAAGCACAGUCAGGGACAGUGAGUGCCCUUGGGCCCUUCUGAGUGCUGGGUGCCCCUGGAGGGCCGUGCCUGUAGUCCAGGGGCCUGCAAAGGAGCAUCUCCCUUCCAGUGUCUCCUGGUGGCAGGCUGGGAAAGUCCCUUCCUUCCCUGACACCUUGCUCUGCUGCAAAAUUCCCUGUUAUAUUCUGCAUCAGAAAAACCAACCAACAAAAACAAACUUAAAUGCUUGUAGCAGAUCCCCAGAUCCUCCUAUGUAGAAUCCUUUAAUCUAGACCUAAAUUUGCAUAGACAGACAUUCGGGUACCUCGCAGUUGCUUAUGUCAGAGGAGCACUCGCAGCGCUGACAGACAGGAGGCCCACCUUUCCUUUGGGUUUUUGCCAAAUCUUCCCUUUCUCCUCCCACCACUGUUGUAGGCUGGCUGCAAGCCUCCAUGUCCUCACGGCGAGGAGGCUUUGGUGUGCACUGCCCCGUGGUUCUGCACACAACCGAGGCACAGACCUCUGCACUCUGCCCUGCUGCAGCUCGCCUGCCACUCAAGCAGACACGAGAAGGGCUGGACAGGAUAGCAUUCCUAUCUGGACAGGAAACUGACGCCCAGCCUGGAAGGGUGAUAUGCACGGCCCGAGUGUAUGCUGGAAACAGCAAGUGCUCUCUGGGUGGACUUGUCCAGCCCUGCUUCUGGAGUCCUUGGUUCCAGCCCUCUGAUUCAUUCCCCUGUUCUUUUAAAUGUUUGUCUUCCCAACUCUCAGCUUAGGAGUUCAGUUUGGGCUCCAGAGUGGGUCCCUGUGAGGACCUAGGGGUGAGUCUCGGCCCGUGAGAGGACAGGAUGUUAGGUUGUUGAAUUUCUUCAUGUGCUACCACUGUGGCUUGGUGGAAGAAACAGGGCAUUGUAUGCUGCCUUCUGAUGGGCAGUUUCCCCUUUGCUUCCUGACUUCUUGUCCCAUGCUGGUUUUCUGUGGCCUCUCGAGCAAGGCAGGGCCCUGAGGACAGAGGCCUUCACACUGUCACCAGUGCCUGUCCCCUCACAGUGCAUAUUCUCACUUCCCGCUGCUCCCCACCCCUGCCAGAUGGUCAAGCCCUUUCCACACCAAAGCAAAGAGUGGCCUCAGGAGGGAGUAAAAAGGGUAUAUUCCCGUGGCUGUGUGGCAGCUGGGUUCAUGCCCUGUGGUUCUGGCAGCCUGCGACUGGGCAAUCAGCCUUGGAAAGAAACUAUCAUGAAGGUUUGAAAAACAACCAAAGAAAGGGAGUGAGAAUGGUGGCUGUGUCUGCUUGCCUGGCCCCUGCCACCCAGGAUGCAGAGCAGAGACAUAAACCUUGUCAGCUGGGCCUGCUGCUCCCCUUCCCUCCCAGCCCCCAGGAGCCAGCUUGUCCUGGGCUUCCACCCAGCUGACAAGAAGAUCUGCAAGAGCUGGACAUGCAUGCCCUGUGGACAGAGGCAUGGUCCUGCCUGCCCAGUCCUGACAAUCCCAUCCAGCUGACCUGAACUCUGGCCUUGGGAACCAUGUUGGAGAGAGUACCUGCCUCCUGACCGCAGGAGCUAGUGGGGGACCCAGCACAUCCAGCUCCAGGGUCCUGAGGAGUCUGAAGAGCAGCCUGGUGGCUUCCUACAGCCAAGCCAGGUCUGUGCAUUGUCCUGAUCCAGACCAGCUCUGUGAUCAAAAGGAAAUUGGGUCCAAUGUAAGAGGGAGCCAGUCCCAGACCUGGCAGGCAAAAAAGUGUGGGACGUCCUUCCCUGGCCUGUCUACUCUCUCCUGAAGCUUGUGCUCAGGUUGCCUUGAAUGUGGACUUUGGGAGGGCCAGGGGCCCAGGGUGCCAGGGAAGGCUUCUGGUGGCCCUCCGGAACGGCUCAUCCCUCUGCGGCCGUGAGCCCUGUUCCCUGGUGUCAGGGAGUAGAGGCUGGGCUGGGAGUGCUGCUGCCCCUGUGUCACUCUUCGAAUGCACUGUAGAAAUUGUAUGUAAUGUAUUUAAAUCAAUGCAGAUGUAUGAAUAACAAAUCCAAUUCUGA